AUGGAAACCGCGAAAUUGAGCGCGAAUGAUACCAAUGUCUUAUCGGCAUUAUUCGAUCCAGAAUUGUCACUCACAAGCGCGACGCAAGUCGAAAACAGAUGGCUCGAUGAUCAGGUGCCAAAUAGGUUAAGGAGACUUCGGGAGCAGGAACGCCUUGCGCUGCAAUCAGUCAAUUUGGAGCAGCCCCAACCCGUUGAUAUCGAGCAUUCAAUCUCUCAGUUAAGCGAAAUCAUCGCAAAUGAACCUUCCUAUGCGUCUGCGUGGAACAACAGGGCGCAAGCUCGACGAAUGCUCAUCAGGGACGAGGAUCUCCCUAGGAACCCAUGUACUGUGGUUGAAAUCUUUCAAGACCUUGCCCAGGCCAUUUCACUCACGACUCCAACUGGACCAGAUGUAAUGCUUUCUGACCUUGAUGCAAGGGUUCUGGCAUCAGCACAUACGCACAAAGGCUAUCUACUGCUGCUGGCGAGCAAGUCUGAGGAUAACCGAAAGCUGUUAGCAGCGCUACCACAUCUUAGAGACUUAUCGAUUCAGGAGCUCGAGGAAGCUGCAAGUCGGGAGCUUGGCUUGGGAGGCCGCUAUGGAAAUGAAACGGCACGGCAGCUAGCAGUGAAGACGAACCCCUACGCAAAACUGUGUGGCUCAAUAGUGAGAGAGGCGUUGACGAAGGAGAUAUCGGAGUUUUACCAACCCCAUGUCAGCCUUGCAAAAUAA